AUCACUGAAGUUUUGUAUGCAGUAAUAUGCUUAAUUUAUAAUUUUAUGAAGAAACUUUGGAUUUUAACUUGAAGUUUAAUAUUUGAGUUUUGAAAAUUUAAUUUAAUUUUAUUUCAGAUUUAGAUCUAACAUAGAGGGAUCAAACAUUUCUAUUGAAGGUUGAGAAAUUAGCGGCAGAAAAGAAGAUUAAUGGGAGAAAAGUGAAUUUUGAUACAUGCAUGUGUUCAUUUAUUCAAAAUAUUUCUGAGAAAGCAUUCUGACUUGCCAUCAGACGGACACAAGUUAUAUAGAUGACAUACCUAAGUUUGCAAAUAUUAGUAGUACUGCUUAUUGUGCCUCGUAUACUCGUGUCUCCUCUAUGAAGGACCCUUGUACCAAAAAUUUGGAGUUUGUUAGAGCACCUCUGCUGAGCUCAUACACAGGAUCAACAGUUAAAGAAAUCGCCAAAGCUUAUGCACCUGAUAUUCACACUGUUAGAGUAGAUAAUAACUCUGAAGCUGUAGAAAUGACUCAAGCAAAGGAAUCAUCAAAAGGUCUUAAACGCCUCUUGAGAUUUGGAAAGAAGAACCACAACUCUGCAGGAGCAGAAUCAAAUGGUGCAAGCAUGAAUAACAUCAAGCAGGAUGAUAACGCCACAAAUGCUUUCAUGCCUAGUGACGGUAAUAGUAAAAAGGUAAUAUGGGCAAGUCAUUCAAGUCAUCAAAAGGCCAAAUGUGAAGGAAAAGAGGCAUCCAUUUUGUAUCUGCUUUGGAACUGCUAGCCAUCUGCUCUCUAUCCGCUUUGGAUCCGCUCAAGCAAAUCAAUAACAAGAUGAUAGUUUUGUAAUUUCCAUUAAAUGUAGAGUUGGGGUUUAAAAAGAGGCUUUUAGCUCAUUUUUCAAGACCUCUUUUAGCUCAUUUUUCAAGACCUAGUUUUUAGGUUCCCAAAUAGCCUUCAUCUUUUGAAC